UGCUGCGGCGCUCCCGGCUCUCUCGUGUCAUUACGCUGACGUGCGGGGUGGUAACGCGUUAGUUCUGUGGGUGGGUGUGUGGAGAAAGAAAGCGAGCGGAGCAGAGAGGAAAUCAUGGUUAUGCUGAAGAUUUCAUCUUUCCUUGCUGUUUAUGCCUUGGUUGUGUGCCAGAUGGACAGCUUCCAGGCAGCUCCAGUCAGACCUGGCUUGGAGUCCAUAACAGAUCGAGUGACGCUCAGUGAUUACGAAGCUCGGAGAUUAUUAAAUGCACUGGUGAAAGAAUUCAUACAGAUGACAGCAGAGGAGCUGGAGCAAGCCUCUGAGGGGAACAGCCUGGAUAGACCUAUUUCCAAACGCUGUGCCAGUCUGAGUACUUGUGUGCUGGGCAAACUGUCUCAAGAGUUGCACAAAUUGCAAACUUACCCUCGUACUGACGUCGGGGCUGGAACUCCUGGCAAGAAAAGAAAUGUGCUGAAUGACCUGGAACACGAACGCUAUGCAAACUAUGGGGAAACCCUAGGAAACAACUAGGCGUGCUUAUUUCUACCCUUCUUCCCUUCCCCUCCCCCCCUUUUUUUUUUUUUUUUUAAAUCUGAUGCAUGUGGAUCUAACUUUGAUUGCUAACUCUGCUGUGUUCUUUUGAUUCUGUUUUUGACAGAGAAUGUUUGAGGUGGACCUAAUGUUAGCAAGACAGAACAUAACACACACAUCAAGCUAGGGGAAAAAUAAAUAAAAAUAGACAGCGCUGCCUCAAUUUCAAGUGAUUUUCUUAGGUAUUAGGUAUUAGGUCUUAGGUAUAACAAAUCUAGAAAAGGCUCUUCAUUUCUGGCUACUAAAUGUACAAGUAGACUCUUUUUUUUCUGUGCCUGCCCACGCACUUGUUCAAUAAACCUAUUUUUCUAUAA